AUGUCGUUCGUCAUCCGCCGAAGCGUCUCAACUCUCGUCCCUCCCAAGGUCGCAAGUCCAGCAGGACUCAGCGCCGCCAAAGAUGCCGUGCGCAUGGCACGGAUAGCAAAAUUCUACGAACAGCUCCCCAAAGGUCCCGCUCCGGAAAUAAAGCCAUCGGGUCUGAUCCAGCGGUACCAGGCCAGGUACAUGGGGCCGAAGAACAACAGUGCUGCUCCGAUCUGGCACGCGAUAUUGGGCAUCAUGACGUUGGGAUACAGCAUGGAGUACUACUUCCAUCUGAGACACCACAAGAACAACGCGCACUAG